UGUCAUCUAUUCAAAAUUGCGGGAGCAACUGACAGAAGUUUGUAAUGCCUGCGAAAAUUAUGUGCAAACGUAUUUUUGAUUUUAAUAUAUGUAAACUGUAAUAAAACAAUAAGUGCAGAAAGAGUUAUAUCGUAAACAAGUACAUUUGUCGAGUUGCAAAUCUUUAACAAUUGAAUUAAAAAUUUACCUAACCUAUUUGCCGGCAAAUUUGGUGAAGUAAAAAAUUAACAAAAAUGACAAAUACUUUGGAGUGCAGAAAAAUCUGCAUAAAACGUUGCAUUAAAGCUUUAUGUUUAAGUGUUUUAUUGCAAUAUUUACUUUUGUCACUGUUUUUGUUAGUUAUUAACUUUAGUGCAUUUCAUCCGAUACGCUGGUUGUCGCAAAUCUUUUCCGAUCUGUUUUCGCUUGGAACUUGGUUAAGUAGUCUGCCAUUGCUCUUUGCAAUCAUCGGAUAUGGCGUUGUGCUUGGGAAAUUGCACUUGGCAAGGAAAAGAUAUUAUGAGACGCGUUUUAUGUGGUUAACAAAUGUGCUCUUUCGCAAGAUAAUAUUUUUUGGAAUGCACGUUGCAGUUGGACUGUUAACGGCCUGCAUAUAUGCUAACUUCUUGCAUGCGGAUUAUAGAAAUUUGUAUGUGAAAUGUUAUGGCACAGAUUGCGUGAAUAGUCGUUUUAUUUUAUUACCGAUUGUUGGUGUUGUAGCCGGUUGUCUACACUUUUUCAGCGAGAACUUGCGUAAAGAGCCGCAUAUAGAAUUUCCAAUAAUUGAAGAAAAGAAAUUUGUGCAAAUGCGUUCAACACUUUACAGCACCCUGUAUAAAUCCAUAGUAGAAACUUUGGCACCAAUGUUAUGCUUAGCUACUUGCUACUGGCUUUUUGGCAGUUGCAUCAAUAAACGUGUAGCGCACAUAAUAAAAGCAGAAGUUGAUGAAAGUCUACUCACGUUUUCUGCAAUUUUGCUCAAUGUGCGUUUAUUACUAUAUACUUGGGUAUUAAGUGCACAUAUAAUAUCAAACAUGCACAUUAUGGAACGUUUCUUUGUGAUAUUUUUGUGUGAGGAUAAAGAGUUCUCUGUAGAUAAAUGCAAAAGUGCAUUCGCAUACGAUACAGCAUUGACUAUAAGUGAAGCGCUAGCAGCUACAAAUGUGCCCGUUAUACAAAUGCUUGCCGCAAAAGAUCUAUACAACGUAUCCAAAAAUAAAUCAAUUGAAAGAAGAGGAAGAGUUUUCGCUUUAUCAGUGCCUGGUUCACAUCCCAAUAAUUGGAAUGAGUUAUCCAAUGAAUGUCUUAAGGUGCUCAAGGAAUACACCGACGAACUCACAUUUGCCAUACAACGCAUAUCUAGCAUCAAACAAACUGAAUUACUUAUUGAAGUGACACCCACGGCGACGGAAGCAGCUGAAAAAAUCUUACUACGCCAAUAUAAUAAAAUGUAUGGUAUACGUUCAUUGACGAAAGAUACACCACCUCCUACGCCGCCAGCUCCAGCUAAAACUGCACCAGUGGAAAUUAGUAAAGCUAGCGCAACUUAUGAACGCUUAAAUGCGCAAUACAUUCAGUUUGUUGCAAACUUCAAAGCAUCGAUGCACAAUAUGUUUUACUCCAUACCUGGCGUCUUCUAUAUGUUUGGUGAGCAGGAAGGUGCAAAGGCUGCAUUUUUGCUGAGAAAUACACAGACAAUUACUUGGAUACUGCAGGGUUUGGCUAAUAUCUGUGCAGUUUCAUUGGUGGAGGACAAAUACGGUGUCGUGCAAUUAAAAUUGUCUAAUAUCAUAGCAGCAAUGCUCAGACUCAAAAAUCAGUUGGACAAAUUAACCAAUGUCAAUUUGAAUGGAAAAAAAUCAGAUCGUUAUACGUGUUCCUUAAAAGGUUCUCUGAAACGUUGCUUAUAUAAAAUUGGUGGCGCUUUCGGUACUUACCUCCAUGAAAUCAUUGAAGAUCCAAAGGAACUGGAACGAAUGCAAGCAUUUGCUAAAUUCAAUGAGACAUAAAACUGAUAUUAUUUGUUAUUUAUCAUUAAUACAU